AUGGGCAAAAUUGAUACAUCGCUCAACACAAGACAACGUCAUAAUCCACUACACAGAGACAUCGCCUCUGUAAAUGGUAACUUAAAAUCUAGCAGUCAUGAGCAGCUGAAGGAUAAUCAACAACACGCUGACGGCUAUCAUGACGCCUCGAUAUCUAGAAAGAUUUUAUCUUUGGCGAAGAGCCAACAAGAGGAAUUAGAUGCCGAAGAGAAUGAUGAUGUUUCUAGUGAAGAAGAAAGCGUUAGUGCAUCUUCAGAGAGAGACAAGUAUGAAGCUUUUUUGGACGAUGUGGACGAUCAAGAUCUCGAACAUGGCCUGGAAGUCAGUGAUAUCGAGUUUUCAAAUGAGACAGAUAAGGGCUUAAUUGAUGCUUAUUUUGCUCAGACUGAGACCAUUACUUUAGCAGAUAAGAUUAUGGCAAAAAUCCACGAAAGAGAAUUGAAGAAAGAGGCACUCGAAAGCGAAGUGCCAGAGAGCCAGGGAGUUCUCCUUCCCCAAAAGUCAUCGCUGCCUACGAGAAAAUUGGACGCAUUCUCUCGACUUACAAGCAUGGAAAGCUCCCGAAGCUUUUCAAAGUAUUACCUACCCUAA